AUGGCCGUGCUGGCAGCGCUGGCCGCCGUAGUAGCCACAUCUGCCAUGUUUGCGCCAUUCGCUCAAGACGCAGCGUUCGCAAAGUUUGCCAAAGUCGCCUUGUUCGCCAAACCCGCGCGAUUCGCGCUGUUCUCCCUGCCCGCCCAAGACGCGCCCGUGAAAGCUCACCGUUAUCCACACUUUCCUAUAACUUACCCGAUUAGGAAGCAUCACCAUCCACCACCACCACCACCACCACCACCACCAACUCCCCCCUUUCUAUUAUCUCAACCGCUCGACACUAUAGCAAUCCAAUCUCUAUAG